CUGCUCGUGAAAUUAACGUGCAAGUGGCUGAGCACUCCACGGACACGUAGUUCUCGGGGAUAUUCAGCGUGACACAGUGUGACAAGGCUGACCCUUUGAAUUACAGGCACAACAGAAACAGGAAGUAAGAGUGAGAGAAAGUUGUGGUGAAAGAGUACAGCAGGAUUCGCCACCAUCCCCUGCUGGAGCCUCGUGGAGCUUUUAGGUGUUUUUCGCUCAAUAAACACUCACAACGCCCGGUCUGGGAAUCGAAACCCGCGACCCUAUGACCGCGAGUGCGCUGCCCUAACCACUGGGCCAUUGCGCCUCCACGGAUACAUUAAUAUACAUUCCUAAAACCGAAAGGAAAAAAAUAGUUUACGGAAGGCCAUAACGGAACUUCGUUCAGAGAGAACAUUCGUUUAUCUUACACCGCUCUAUGACGUAGCAGCCCUCCCCAUAAAGUGGUUUUGAUGACCGACAUAUCUUUCUGACAAGUCUUUUACUCAACGAAAACACAACACUUAUCCAUAUAUAUAAACACACAUAUAUAUAAGCUACGGUAUACACAGACAGCAACCUUCAAAGACCAUUUUUUUUUCAUAUUAUCUUUGUUCUUUCCCUUCUAUUUGCCUCGGAAUAAUUCCAAUAAAGUCCUGCGUUAAUGGUUAAGUCAUCUUCAAUGACAGACGAUAACUCAGACCAACCGAUAGUAGCAGUCUGUGUUGUUUCAGACCGUCUCAAAUGUCCCCCAAAAUAUUUCCUUCUUGAUCGAACCGAAGAUGGCAAAGAUGAUGCUGAUUUAUGGCGAGACAGUUUAUUCGGACGACGCUAUUACCGUUACAUCUGCUACAAGAAAUGUAAUCCAAUGCCUGACGAUGACGUCCUGGUAGACGUGGCCAUAAUUAAUGACAAAGACUCCGUACCUGCUGGCUUCACAGUGCUUGAAUAUACAGAAGAUACACAUGAGAAAUCUCUGAAGAAAAAAAGCCUCUGUUUUCGGUGGAUGAGCUAUCGUCUGACUAAUGCCGCUAUAUCCAAACUGAUCCUUUUAAGUAAAUCCAUGCGCAGACCUCCCUCUGGUUACACCGUUAUCGGAGAUAUUAACAACAUGCUGCUGUGUUUCAAGAUGGUCAGCCUGGCCAAAACAAACAUGAAUUAUUCUCGGUCAGACGAAAUCUCUACCCAUCACAUACUGACCGCAACAACCUCACAGUCAAGAUUAUGCUUAACACCAGUAGAAAAUGCUUUGCCUUACGUGAUGAACCCAACAAUGGCAGCAAGCAACCCCAAUUUAUCUUCAUAUAGUUCUUCUGAUGACAAUAUUUCAAGACUAGUUACUAAUACAAAAUCACGUAAGUACAGCAAGGAACCCAUAUUUGUGUGGAGGUGUGUGACUUAGUGGUUCAGUUGUUGA